UAAGCUAUUAAAAGACUCAAGAAGCGAAACACUCCCUAACCAACUCCAACAAAGAAAAAAACAAAAAAAAAAAAAAAGCAAAGCAGUUGAUGAGUGAAGUUGCAGAAAAAAACAAUGAACCAAUCUGAGAAAGCAGCACCAGUUUGUGUGACAGGAGCUAACGGUUUCAUAGGCUCAUGGCUGGUGAAGACCCUCCUCGAAGACAGCAAUGCCUACCCAACCAUCCACGCCUCCAUCUUCCCAGGCUCCGAUGCUACCCACCUCUUCUCUCUCCCAGGUGCUUCCAAUUCCCGCCUUAAGAUCUUCCACGCCGACCUCCUCGACGCAGAUGCUAUCUCCGCCGCCGUCAACGGCUGCUCCGGUGUCUUCCACGUCGCUUCUCCUUGCACCCUCGAGGACCCAAAAGACCCACAGGCGGAAUUGAUCACGCCGGCCGUGCAGGGCACCAUCAAUGUCCUCCAGGCCGCUUUGAAGUCCAACCCACCUGUGAGGCGCGUGGUCCUCACGUCUUCCAUCUCUGCUAUGGUCCCAAACCCUUCCUGGCCUUCUCAUGAGGUCAUGGAUGAGUCUUCUUGGACUGACCUCGGUUACUGCAACUCUCGCCAGAAAUGGUAUCCUGUUUCGAAAACUCUGGCAGAGAAAGCGGCAUGGGAGUUUUCAAAGACCCAUGGACUCGAUGUGGUUGCCAUCAAUCCAGCUACAUGCCUUGGGCCACUUCUGCAACCCGGUUUGAAUGCGAGCUGUGCUGUGUUGCAGCAAUUGUUGCAGGGAUCCCAAGAUACUCAGGAGUACCAUUGGCUCGGUGCUGUUCAUGUUCGAGAUGUAGCAAAGGCACAAAUUUUGCUCUUUCAGACUCCUUCUGCUUCGGGUAGAUACCUCUGCACCAAUGGGAUCUUACAAUUUCGCGAUUUUGCUGAGAAAGUCUCCAACCUUUUCCCAAACUUUCCGGUUCACAGGUUCAUCGGAGAAACCCAACCUGGCUUGAAGGAAUGCAAAGAUGCAGCAAAGAGAUUGAUCAAUUUAGGGCUGGUUUUUACACCGCUUGAAGAUGCUCUGCAGGAAACGGUGGAUAGCUUAAAAGCUAAGGGCUUCUUAAAGCAGGAAACGCCACAAUCUUAGUCAUUUUUCUGUGUGGCUGAAAGUUCCCUGCUAGAUUGCUUGAUUUAAUUAGUGUUUUUUUUUUCCCGAUAAAAGGCUUAAUUUAAUUAGUUGGCAGUUAUAAUGGUGGCAAAUAAAUUGUAAAGUCAUGAUUUGAUUACUCUCUUUUAUCAUUGCUUUUCUAGUUUUAAUAAAUUGUAAAUUCAUGAUUC